UCCUUCCUUCCUUCCUUCCUUCCGCAGUUAGAUUAUGCUAGAAGCAGAACCAACUUCUAUCGCCCGCCUACUCUCGACCACCGCGUGAACGCAGCCCGACGACUCGGCCAACAUGGCGGCGCUCGAAUACGACCGAAAUGGCAAAUGUGCCUUCUUUGUGGACAAAAAGAAACGUUUUUGUAAAAUGGUCGUCGCCAAAGGCCAUAAGUUUUGCGGAGAACACGCCAACAUGGACACGAACGUCUACGAAGAAGGCUGCUGCAGGAGAAUCGUCUGUCCACUCGACCCCAAACAUACGGUCAGCAAAGACAAUCUGUACAAACACUUGAGGAAGUGCAACUCUCGCGACAAAGCAAAGCCGGUUUACUAUGUGGAAAACAUCAACGCCGGCUCAGCCGACAACACAGAACACUCGCUCCAAGAGGCAACUUUGUGUGAGAGAAGCGCCACCCAAUUACAACACCUGCUGGACAAACUGGACUCUGCUUCGAGAGGUCUGCCAUGUGAGCCGGAAGAGCUCGUUAUGUCGCACGGUGUUCUCCAGGAGGUAAUCGAUAAUCCCAAGAAUGGCGAUUCCGCCUGCAAACACCUGAAGCAGCAGUCUUCCAUCUUGGGCCACCUGGAGGUGUUGGGGCUGCUGCGACGCGGCCACUGCUUUAUAGAGUUCGGGGCGGGGCGAGGGAAACUGUCGCACUGGAUCCUCCGGGCCCUGGAGGGCGACCGGCAAGAGCGCCUGCAGAUACUGCUGGUGGAGCGGAGCAGCACCCGAUUCAAGGUGGACGGUAAGCAUCGGGAGGGCGACGUGGAGUUUGCCAGGCUGCAGAUUGACAUUCAGCACCUGGACCUGAGUCAAAUCCCGCUGCCUAAACACGGGCUGCCGCUGGUCGCCGUCGGGAAGCAUUUAUGCGGCGCGGCCACAGAUCUGGCUCUCCGCUGUCUCUUCCAAAAACGGUUGGUGCAGGAAGCAGGCCGGCCCUCGAAAUGCGACCCGGCGGCGUGCGAUCCCAGUGGGGUCGCGGGCCUGGCGCUGGCGCUGUGCUGCCACCACCGCUGCGAGUGGCGUCACUACGUGGGACGGCGCUUCUUCUCAGAUCUGGGUUUGGGGCCCGCCGAAUUUUCGGGAUUCUGCCGCAUGUCCAGCUGGGCCACAUGCGGCUCACGAGCGUCGUGUCAGACGGCGGAAGUAGCGCCAGGGUGGCUGUCGCCGGCUGAGCGCGAGCGGAUUGGUCGCCGCUGCAAGCAUCUGCUGGACGCCGGCAGAAUGGAGUUCCUUCGCCGCCGAGGAUUCUGUGGACGGCUAACGCGUUACGUUGACACUCAGGUGACCCCGGAGAAUGUCCUGUUGACGGCCACGCCCCUCUCGCCUCCGUCUCCUCCCUCCUAAUUGGCCUCGUCAAGCGCUCUCUUGCGGGCCUCCUGGAUGUACGUCAGCAUGAACUCUCGUCCGAACAUCUCACGCUCCUCCUCGUCGACGGCGGCGGCCAUCUCCAGCGUCAGCGGGUUGUCCCGGAAGUUAACAAACCUUCACACAAGAACAGCCGAGGCCUCCCAUCACCGCUGGGCCCACACGCACGCCACGCAAAGCGUUGGACAAAAACAUUGCGUGUUUCCUCACUUGAUGAGCAAACUGAAUGAUCAGGAAGAGAAAAGUAAAGGAAUAUCGCGUUGACCAAAUGAUGGCCUUGCCCAAAGCAAUCGUUUACGAGGCAAACAAUUUGACCAAAACUUAAAGUUAGCGGUAGAGCGGGCGACUCCCAACCAGAAGGUCCGACCCUCAGCCACACGUGUCAAAGUGACACCGAAGCCCUGGCUGUCAUCGAAAGGUGGCUGAGGAAGCGGGGUCAAGACAAGUCCAGCCCAUUUAGCAUUUGACAACGUCAACAUUUUCACCACAUCUAAAUAUCAACGUGAUGUAAAACGUACUUCUUUGGUUGACUUACUUUAAGUCCAAACAAUAAACUGAGUGCUGCGUCA